GUCAAACUCCGAAUCUCGAACUGUCAAUGGCCGUUUUAUGCAAUGUCAUUUCUGUGUAUUUUUGUUGUAGUGCAUGAGAUUUCAAUAGAUUUCUGAACAAAACACAACGAUUUCCCCAUCAUAUCGUUUUAAUUUAUUUUAUAAAGCAGAAAAAGUUUUAAAACACAUAAAAAGUAAAGCUGCAAAAUAUCAAGUCAUUCAUUGAAAUUCAAAUCAAAAUUCGUUUUAAUAAUUAAUUAAACAAAAAUGCCAACUUAUAAAGUGAAAGUAAAGUGGGGCCGUGAGAAUUUCCCCGAUGUAAGCGUCAACGUAGAUGAGAAUCCAUUGGUUUUUAAAACUCAAUUGUUUACAUUGACCGGUGUUCAGGUGCAUCGGCAAAAGGUUAUGUGCAAGGGUGUCGCUUUGAAAGACGACGAAUGGAACUUUCAACUGAAAGAUGGUGCUGUGGUAUUGUUGCUGGGUACAAAAGAUGACAUCGACACUGAGCCAAUUGAACGACCGAAAUUCAUUGAAGACAUGAAUGAAUCGGAAUUAGCUUCUGCGUUAAAAUUGCCGGCUGGUCUUACAAAUUUGGGUAAUACGUGCUAUAUGAAUGCGGUGGUUCAAUGCUUGAAAUCCGUUCCCGAGCUGGGCGAAUCGUUGAAAGAGUACAAGGAGGAUUUUUCCAUUAAUUCAUUGGGCUCAGCACAAUCGAUUACGGCGGCUAUGCGUUCCGUGUUCGAACAGUUGAACGGUGCGAACACAGUAACGCCAGUGUUGUUGCUGCAAACUCUUCACAUGGCAUUCCCACAGUUUGCGCAAACGGGUGAAAAAGGUUCGUACCAACAACAAGAUGCGAAUGAAUGUUGGUCUGAAUUGAUGAAGAUGCUGCAGCAAAAGCUAAAGCCCAUCAAAAAAGGAGAAUUGGUUCCAAGUUACAACUCAUUGAUCGAUCAAUUCUUUGGCGGAACUUUCGAUGUGGAGAUGAAAUGUUCGGAAAGUGAGGACGAGAAGCCAACAACGUCGCACGAAAGCUUCUUGCAAUUAAGUUGCUUCAUCUCACAAGAGGUCAAGUACAUGCUGAGCGGAAUUAAAUCGAAACUUCAAGAGCAACUGACAAAGCGAUCGUCAACGUUGGAACGAGAUGCUGUUUACAUUAAAUCGUCAAAAAUCAGCCGGUUGCCAGCAUACCUCACGGUUAACUUCGUUCGGUUCCAAUACAAAGGUAAAGAGGGUAUCAAUGCGAAAAUUUUGAAAGACAUCAAAUUCCCCAUUGACUUUGAUGCAUUCGAAUUGUGCAGCAAGUCACUUCAAGAGAAAUUGACACCGAUGCGAUCCAAGUUUAAGGAAAUUGAAGAUGCUGCUCUUCAAAAUCCAAAAUCUAAGGAUAAGCCUUUGGUAAAGAAAGAGGAUAAAAUGGUGGCAUUGCCAUAUUCGUUCGAUGAUGAUUUUGGUAGCAACAACAGCGGCUAUUACACAUUGCAUGCAGUGUUGACACAUCAAGGUCGUUCAAGUUCAUCGGGCCAUUAUGUUGGUUGGGUAAGACAAUCAACCACCGAGGACAAAUGGUUCAAAUACGACGAUGACGCUGUGUCGCCGGUCACAUCGGAGGAAAUCUUACGUUUGAGCGGUGGUGGCGAUUGGCAUUGUGCCUAUGUACUACUCUACGGGCCGCGAAUUUUACGUGUACCAGUCACUGAUGAACCAAUGCAAGAAUGAAACCAGUGUCAAAAUAGGAAAUAAAUGCAAAUGUUGUAAAUUGAAUUCCCAUUUUGUGAGACUGAAGAUAGAGAAUAAACUUAGCAUCUCAGUUUAACACAUGUACAAAUGGAAUAAGGCUAUGCUCAACAAUUUGUUAACACUUUUGUAUGACAGUUGAGAGUUUGUAAAAUACGACAAGUUGUCAAGAAUGGUAAAAAAACGUUUGCAAAAAUUCAAAUUCCAAUCAUGAAAAUAAAAAUAAAAAAAUUGCAUCAACAACAUUUCAUCAUCUUUAUACGGAAUAACAGAAAAUAUAUUUCCACAUUCUUUUAUUCAAAA